GUGCUGAGACGCGGGAACAUCAAUCUGGGCAGGGAUGGAUGGUGUUGGAGUUCCAGAAGGGAUUGAUCCGAAAUUCGCUUGUAGAAUUGAGAUUAUUGUCAAUUCCUACUUUAGUAUAAUAGAUGGCAAGAAGGUGUACAAUAAGGGAAGGACUGUAAGCUGGGUUGUUGAUGCAGAAGAGUAUGGAGUCACUGAUCUAGAGAAGGAUAUCGCUCCGUACUUCACAUGGGCCAGCAACCAAAAGCCAAAUUUUUGGGUUGUUGACUCAAGGCUGAAUGCGACAUGCAGGUUAGCUACUGAUGGUCAGCUUCUUGAUUUGCUAAGGGGAUCUCAAGUUGUUAAAUUGUUCAUGGUUGACGAUCCACACGGAUGCUUGUAAGGGAUUAGCAUAUGGUGUCAAGAAAGCCUUUGGAGCGGAUGCAGAGCACCGUGAGUGCUUUAGACACCUAAUGGCUA